AAUCGACCGUUCGGAUUUCAUCCACUCCGGCUCAGGUUAGCCGGCCGGCGAUAUUUUGCAGAUCGACCGUUAUAUGUGGCACCGCCUCUGUUUUAUUUAUUAUGUUCUUUUCUGUUGAUAUACGGUCGAGCGCGGACGAACUUUCUUUUUUUCUUCCGAACCCGCAUACCCCUCUCUAUCCUCUGUAUUUGCUUUGGGAUCGGAUUGGUCGUCGGAAAUGCCUGUGAGAGUGGUCGAAAGCUCGACGCCUUCACAAGUUUCAGGACAAGAUGCGAGUUCUGGACAUUCUCUACCUCCUCGUUGUACACUUUUGAAUGUUGGACGGGCUUUUGCUGGAACUCAGAAUGUUUCAAGUUUACAGAAAGAUGAAGCAUGGAAAGUUAAUGUACAGAUCCAAGGAUGUGAUUUUGAUCAUGGUUAUUUAUGUGGUACAAUGGAAGCACUCAACGUUCCUCUAGCGGACACACCUGUAGUUACAUUCUGGGAGGGAGAAAUUGUGGACACUAAAAACUAUACAUUUUUCACUGGCAAGUGGGAAGCGACGCCAGAGGAUGACAUAAGGCACUGGUCCAAGUUUCCAUCUUUUGCUCCACUUCUGAGCCAGGUUGAGGCUGAUGGUGGUAAAUCUUUGGACCUGAGCAACUACCCAUAUAUAUUUAUGAGAUGGAAGGAGCAGUACUUUGUCAAUGUUGGAGUAGAUUGUGGCUUGACUAUUGCUGGCUUCUACUAUGUUUGCUUUUCCUGCAGUGAUGGCUCUAUUAGUGGCUUUUAUUAUGAUCCAAACAGUAGCCCAUUUCAGAAGCUUGAACUAAAGUGCAGCAACGAGCUCUUGGGUUUCACUUUUUCUUCAUAUCAGUUACAGUGAGCCAAUUUUCUUGUUCAUAAAAGAUACAUAUGCUUUAGUUUCUGAUUACUGUAACAGUUCAGGCAGCUGAUAUUGUUUAAGCUUAUUGAUAUUUGGACAGCACUCUUAUGUCAGUGAAUGAUAACUGUAAUUAAAAGCAGUUCAUCUCCUUAACUGGG